AUGAGUUUCGACAAGAAUGUUGCGAUUGGCUACGAGAUCACCAAGAUGUGGCCAAUCUCAGCGCUGCCGAGAAUUGAAGAUAAGAAUAUUGAAGUCGACGAAAAGCAAAGAGUAGAGAGCGAGGUCAAAAAGAGGUUGGAUAAUUUCGUGGCGAGUGACGAUUUUAAGAAGCGAUUGGAUGCAGAGAAGCAGAAGGAGAGGGCGAAAGCUCUUGAGAAAGUUGUGCUCGAGAUCGCCUCUGAAAAACGGCAGUUGAUUGCUGAAUUUAAAUCCAAGUUGGAAGAAAAACAACGUAGUAGUGAUGAGCUCGAGAAAAUUAUGGAGGACAACGCUCGUCGGGCAAAGGAAGAGCAACAACGUUUGGCAGCAGAAGCGGCAAGUCGGAGAGAAGAACGAGUCCGUGAGCUGAGGAGGAUCGAGAUGGAGAGAAACCGACGGAAACGUGUCGAGGAACUCCAACAAGAGAAGACGAGGGAAGGGGAUGAAUUCAUUUUCUAA